UCAGAAUCGUUGGUUUCGGGCAGCGGCGGCGACGAUAGGAAGGAGAAGUUUCCCGUUUUCGAGCCAGCCGCUGCCGAAGGAGCUUCUCACGCCCCUUCCCCCUGCGUGUUGAGAAGAAGGGGGCGCCCAGAGGACGGCGGAAGACCCUCUCAGGUGAACGGUGACUUCGUUACCCGAGCGGCCGGCCGAGGCGGUCAUUCCAAGUUUUGAAAGAGGUGCAUCUGUCUCUUUAGUUCUGCGAGCCGCUCGUCAUGGUGACUGAAAAGGAAGUCGAGCUGAUUGGCAGGACGCUGGUGGACUCCAACCAACCGUUGAAGGCUCGCUUUCGAGCGCUCUUUACCCUACGUAACCUGGGGGGCCCAGCAGCUAUUGAAUGGAUCAGUCACGCCUUUGGAGACGACUCUGCCCUCCUCAAACACGAGUUGGCCUACUGCCUCGGCCAGAUGCAGGAUGAGAGAGCCAUUCCUGUCCUCGUUGACGUCCUCCAAGAUGACUCCCAGGAUCCCAUGGUCCGACAUGAAGCAGGUGAAGCCUUGGGAGCCAUUGGAAACCCCAAAGUGCUAGAUAUCUUGAAGCAGUAUUCCAAAGACCCCGUCAUCGAGGUAGCCGAGACGUGCCUGCUUGCCGUGAAAAGGCUGGAGUGGCUUCAGGAGCGCAAGGCCAAACCCGCUGUCAGCCCCUACUGCUCUGUAGACCCAGCGCCCCCAGCGGAGGAAAAAGACGUGGGGAAACUGAGGCAAGUCCUGCUGGAUGAGUCCCAGCCGCUGUUUGAGCGUUACCGGGCGAUGUUCGCGCUGCGGAACUUGGGGGGAGAAGCCGCCGUCCUGGCCCUUGCAGAUGGCCUCCGGUGCGGCAGCGCCCUCUUCCGCCACGAGAUCGCGUACGUCCUGGGCCAGAUGCAGCACGAGGCCUCCGUCCCGCAACUGACGGCGUCGUUGGAGAGUGUGGCCGAGAGCCCCAUGGUGCGCCACGAGUGCGCCGAGGCCUUGGGCUCCAUCGCCAAGGCCUCCUGCCUAGCCACCCUGCAGGCCUACACCCAGGACAAGGAGCAGGUGGUCCGCGAGAGCUGCGUGGUAGCCCUGGACCUGUACGAUUACGAGAACAGCCCCGAUUUCCAAUAUGCUGACGGACUGAGCCAACUAAAAUGCUUGGACUGAAGCGGGCCGGAGCAUCUCUCCUCUUGUCGCGCCUCCUACGUUGUUGUGGCCGGCAACGUUAAUAUCACUCGUCUCUCUGCAGCCUCAAUAACAGCGCCAGAAGUGGGGCCAAGGAAGAUCUUGUUGCCCUGGUGACUAGGUUGUUUCCCAUUCUCCUCUUAGUGGAGGGUGGUAUUACCUCCGUACUCAAUUUGACACAAUUUUGCACACACAAAAAGAAGCAAAACAAAUUGACUGGUGCGGGCGGGGUCCUCAUGCCUGUGGCAGCCCCUAAGGCAGUUUCUCCACCCAUCUGCCCUCUGGGAGCUCCCCCCUCACCCCACCCCACCCAUUUUCAGGUAAAUCUGGCGCAAUUUGUCAACCAUAAGCCAAAUCGCUGGCGCCCCAUUCCUCCUCCUGUCCACCCGCCCAGUUUGGCCAACACUUCCCAUAUGACUUAUUUAUUUCCAGGACAGUAAGGACUAGAAGCUUAGAAUGUUAACCCCUUUGGGCCUGAGCAGCAAAAGUGGGGUAAUUGUACCUGAAGGCUGCACCCAGCCCUGCUUUGGGUGGUGGUGCCAAGGCUGCUUGUGCCAAAAAGAAAGUCUUCCGGUGGUGACGGGGAUGCUCCGUCUCCGUCACGUUGACUUUAUCCUGUUGCCCAGAAAGGGGCAAGGAUGGACUCACCUAGUGUUUACUGCAUCACCCCCUUGGCAUACAGUUUAUUUGCUGCUUAGUGACCAGGACUGACAUUCAACCGUGGCAGUCCCCAGAGGCCUCGUAACUUUACAGAAAAGGGAGCGUUUGGCCCUCACACCUUAUGGGGACCCGCACACGGUGCCCUGGGGAAAGAACCAUUGGACUUUGAGCAGAACUCUUUUCCUGCACUGCAGGGGCUGCCUGGAGAGUGUUUAAACCAGCAGCUGUUUGGAAACACAUCCUGCAAUUUGAUCCCUUGCUCCAUCUGUUGCUUUAUUGGCAGGGCAUGCUGGGAGUUCUAGUGGGUGGGUGGGUAACGGCACUGGGGGCGGUGGAGGUACUUUCAUUGGUUGCGACGGACACUCAUGGUCCGAUGGGACCAUGAACUCUCACGCCAGUUCGGCCGGAGCCUCUCUGGUGAUUCCUCUGAGAGACGUUGACUGUAAAGUCCUGAUUUGUGUUUAAAACUGGAGAGCCAGGUGCUGGGAAAUAAAAAAAAAAGGCUCUCAUCAUCCACAA